AUGAGCUUUGAGCUUUCGCUCCACUAUCAGUUUAGAGAUUUCAAAACCCGCUACCAUCAGUCUAACGAGUUGCGUCUAGAGCAUGACAUGGAAAAGGAUACUGAGCUUAUGAGGGCAUACGUGUGCACUCUCCCUCCUAAUAGUGCUAUCACAGCAUCUCUACGUGCUACCAUCUUCGACUGGAUGACUUCGUUGCAAGAGCUUAUGCUAAUCCAAUCACAAAGUUUGCACAUGGCUGCUUGGUUCGUGGACCACAGCGAGUGGUGCGAAGAACCGAAAUUGGGAGCUUACGUUCUGAGGGCGUUGGCAGCUUUCAUGAUUGGCGACAUAGCCAUUGCGUCUAGGGCUGAAGACGAAUGGAAUAACAUGCGUCACGAUCUAAUUGUUUUCUCUGAACACAACUAUAGCCUGGAACAAGUUACAAGAGAGGAAAAGGCUAUAACUGACAAGCUCUCGCGGGACCUGCCUUAUCCCACUCCACAUAGCUUUCUGCUACCCCUUAUGAUGAUCUCAGAUGAUAGGAAUCUACCCCCUGAAUUCACUUGGGGCAUACCCCUAUGUAUCUAUUGCUUGGACCUGGGUCUCCUAAGUGACCAACUUGCACAGUACUCCGCCAAAUUUAAAUGUGCUGCAGUAGUAUUACUCUUUCGAAGAAUUGAAAGAAGCUUUUGCCAGUGUUCGACUGAAGAGCUCAGCAAUCCCUCUAACCCGUGUAAGUAUCAUCGACUCUCUGAAAUGACGGAGCUUUUGUGUGAGAUCCAAGCGCAAGAGCCCAAUGCUAAUCUCCGCUCCGUCUCUGACAUAUAUGCUAAACUUUUGAGGGAAGCUCAAGACUUCGUUAUGCGUGGAGUGCAGGCGGAAGUUGAGUGUGCUCCAUCACGGUGUGAGCCGGAACGAUACACACCAUUAAAUUUGACAAGCUUUGAAAUGCCUCCAAUGCGCCAUAUCGAUGACUCGAUCACCGUGUCAGCAGAAUCCACCAGAAGCCCCGACAAGGAUGGUCAAAAUAAGGGAGACCACACGGCGCAACCAAACAGAUUAAAGACUCUUCAGGCCCCGUCAUUCGGCCUGCAUCCUCUCGUCACGAAGGCCAGCUCACACCAACUCUACGUAUUGGCAGUGGUUACCCCCAGCUUCGACGAAACCUCAGAGAUGACCCCCGACCACUAA